AUGAACAAAAAGAUAUCUGUUUUACAACAAUUUUCAAAUUUCCGGAAUACAAGGAAGUUUACACUAUCGACGUUUUCUGGUUUGGAUUUUAUCGAGGUCAUUCAACACAGCGAACACGUUUUCAAUGUUAAAUUAAAUCGACCUGAAAUAAGGAACGCUUUCACUCUCCCAUUUUGGAGAGAACUUCGAAGUGUUUUCGACCAUUUAGCAAUCAAUUCUAAGUGUCGUUCAAUUGUACUGUCUGCAGUCGGAAAAUCGUUUUGUGCCGGAAUCAAUAUCAAAGCUGGAUCUGACCAACUUGCGGCUAUUAUCCGGAACAACACGUUGGACACUGGUCGUAAGUCGCUGAAACUUCGUGAGCUGAUAGCUACAUGUCAAGAUAGCUUCACAUCGUUGGAGAAAUGUCCAAAACCGGUGAUCGCCGCGAUUCACGGUCACUGUAUCGGGGCGGGAAUCAGUCUCGCAGCAGCGGCUGACAUACGCUAUGCUUCAAAGGAUGCAGUCUUCUCUGUGAAAGAGGUGGAUAUUGGCUUAGCUGCAGAUGUCGGUAUUUUAAAUCGAAUCAAUAAACUCGUUGGGAAUGACAGUUUGACCCGUGAAUUUGCUUAUACAGCUCGUGAUUUUAAUAGUUCCGAGGCAUUGCAAUAUGGUUUCAUAUCCCGGCAAUUCGAUGGCACCGAAGAAUGCCUAAUAGCGGCUUUGUCGCUAGCUGAUAUUAUCGCCACGAAAAGUCCCAUUGCUGUUCAAGGUACCAAACUAGCAAUGAACUAUUCUCGAGAUCAUACUAUCGACGACUCGAUCCAGUUUAUCCGCACAUGGAACCAAUCACAGCUCCAAUCCGAUGAUUUGUUCCACGCAAGCGCUGCUGCAUUCAGUAAUGAGAAGCCUAAAUUCGAUGAUGCUUAA